AAGGCGCUGGUGUACGUGCCGGCGAACGAGACGAUGCGGUCGCUGGCGGCACUGGAGCGGCGGCUGGGGUCGCUGGGUUGGGAGCGCUACUACGAGGACCGCGCCAUCGUGCAGCUCCACAAGCGCGGCGGCGUCGACCUCAUCUCCAUUCCCCGGGACUUCUCCAGGCUCCGCUCCACCCAUAUGUAUGACGUCGUCGUCAAGAACCGCGACCAGUUCAAGGUCGUCGACCUCUAGUUAUAGCCAUCUUGGUCGGUAAUAUUCUUCCUAUUCUAGCCGGAUAAAUUCAUGGCUCCGCGCCACGAAUAUAUGUAUAGACGUACAAAUAAGAACCUGCGUGUACGAUUAUGCAUGUGUUGUACUGUUCCUGUGUGAUGUAGUAUGUAACUGUGGGCCUCUGUCAGAAUAUGUAACCCGUGUGCACUUAA